AUGCAAUACAGUUCAACACAAGCAGUGGCAUUUACUGGCAUCUGGCGUUUGCACAUCCAGUCAGGCACAUUAUUCAGCUGUUAUCAUAAUGUGACCAACAUGGCCAAUUGCAGCAAAGGUGUGAUAGGUUCAGAGUUCACAGAUGCUAAUGGUUUGCUGUUGUUUACUAAAAAGGAUUCCCCCAAGAUCUUGCCGAACAUCCUGUAUAAAAUUGGCAAUACUCCCCUCAUCCGAAUCAAUAAUAUUGCAAAGGAGAAUGGACUCAAAUGUGAGCUAUUGGCUAAGUGUGAGUUCUUCAGUGCUAGUGGGAGCAUUAAGGACCGCAUUGCUUUACGAAUGAUUGAAGAUGCUGAGAAGCAAGGGAUUCUGAAACCAGGUGAUGUGAUCAUUGAACCAACCUCAGGUAAUACAGGCAUUGGCCUAGGCUUGGUGGCUGCUGUGAAAGGAUAUCGCUGUAUUAUCGUCAUGCCAGAGAAAAUGAGUUUAGAGAAGGUCGAUAUCUUAAAAGCCUUGGGGGUUGAAGUGGUGCGGACACCAAAUGCUGCAAACCUCAAUAGUCCUGACUCUCAUAUUGGAAUGGCCUGGAAACUGAAGAAUGAGAUUCCUAACUCACAUGUGUUUGAUCAGUAUCAAAAUGCUGGCAAUCCAUUAGUGCAUUAUGACAUUACUGCAGAGGAAAUUCUGGAUCAGUGUGAUGGAAAAGUUGAUGUUUUGGUAGCAGGUGCUGGAACUGGUGGUACCCUCACUGGCAUAGCAAGGAAAUUCAAGGAAAAAUGUCCCAGCUGCAAGAUCAUUGCUGUUGAUCCUGAAGGUUCAACCAUGGCUGAACCAGAAGAACUGAAUCUUGUAGGCAAGACUUCAUAUGAAGUGGAAGGAAUUGGCCAUACAUUUAUACCCACAGUACUGGACAGAGAAGUGAUUGACAAAUGGGUGAAGACUAAUGAUGCAGAAAGCUUUGCAAUGGCUCGGAUGUUGAUCAAAAAAGAAGGAUUGCUAUGUGGUGGGAGUUCUGGUAGUGCCAUGUGUGGAGCUGUGAGAGUGGCAAAAGAUCUGAAAGAAGGACAGCGCUGUGUUGUGAUCCUCUCAGACUCCAUCCGAAAUUACAUGUCAAAACUUCUUAGUGAGAAUUGGAUGGAAGAGAAAGGAUUUCUGCACGCAGAUUGUGACCAAGAAAGGUACAGAUCAAACUGGUGGAAUGUACCGAUCAAUCAGGUGAAGCUUCCCUCAGCUCUGACUGUCCUUCCAACAAUCACCUGCCAGGACAUCAUCCAGAUUCUCAAAGCGAAUUGCAUGGACAAUGCAGUGGUUGUUGACUCCAGUGGCAUGAUUCUGGGUUUAAUCACUCUAGGAAAUGUUAUGUCAUCAAUUAAAGAAGGGAAACUACAGCUCACUGAUCCAGUGUCUAAAAUCAUUUACCAACAGUUCAAAAAGGUGAAUUUAAAUGGCACACUUGGAAAAGUAUCUCAGGCUUUGGCGCUGAAUCACUUUGUCUUAAUCGUUCAUGAACAAAUACACUAUGUCGACAGUGGUGAAUGUGGAAAGAGAGAAACGGUGCAUGGCGUGGUGACAUUUAAUGACCUAAUAACAUUUGUUGCAGCCAAGAGGAAAAUGAUGGGAACAGCAGAAAAAAAAUCAAGCCACAGAUUUUAA